AUGAUAGAUAAAACAGGCAGACCAGAAUGGUUGAAAGAGAGCAUUUACGCUGCAAGAACAUCGAGAAGGGUGAGAAUUUGUUUCGGUUUGGGUCUGAUCACACUGUUGAUCUUGAUCUUCACAUUCGCUUUCGCACCAUCAGGCGAAGAAGGAGACGGAAGGUUUCAUCGAGUUUACCAUUGGGCUGGGGAUAUUUGGCACUCUGAUGGCAAACAGCCACCAGUCAAUCAUACCUUCCCUAUCGAUGUUGGCUAUCCCGGUCCCACAGAGAUGGGCAAACCUGCUGCACUUGCGGAUGAAGACAAUUUCACAGGAGAUCCAGCAAGAGGCAAUUCGCCAAUUCAAACCACAAUUCCCGAAGUGGGUAGAUUUGAUUUGUUCAAGCAUAUGGGCAAUAUGUCUCCCUACUUUUCAGCUCCUGAUUUUGGUGUCUCGACACAGAAGUUCCGUGCUUUGGCAAAAGGAUGUCGGAUAGAGCGAGUGCAUAUUCUGCACCGCCAUGGAUCCCGCUAUCCGACCACUUCGUCUUCCGCUAACUUGAUUCGCAAAUUGUUCCGCGAUAUGAAGGCAACCUUGCAAUUCAGUGGACCGCUCGAAUUUUUAAAUACAUAUGAUCCCGAAAGACUAGGAUUGGAACUACUGGUGCCUCUAGGACGACAACAACUGUUUGAGAGUGGUGUACAACACGAAAUGGAAUACGGUAACUUGAUCGAUGCAGAUCUCAAAGAUCAUGGCAAGUUGUUCAUUCGUGCAGGAAGUCAACAAAGAAUUGUUGAUAGUGCAAUCGCAUUCAUGCAAGGAAUGUUUGCACAAAACUGGACACAGAAAGCUGAUUUGGAAGUUCAGAUCGAAGCAGCUAAGUUCAAUACCACACUAGCACCCAAUUUCGCCUGUUCUCGUGCAGGAAGGGAGGAGACCGAACCAGGAUUGGUAUGGGGACGAGAUUGGUAUAAUGAAUAUCUGAGAAAUGCCGUUCAGAGACUCAAGCCAUACGCAAAGGGAGUGGAGUUGGACGGGCAGUUGUUGAAUGCUAUGCAACAACUUUGCAGUUAUGAUACCGUUGCUUUUGGCAGAAGCGAUUUCUGUGGCUUGUUCACAGAACAAGAAUGGCUUGACUAUGAAUACUUUUGGGAUUUGGUGUUCUAUGGAUCGUACGGAGCAGGAAGUGAGGUAGGCAAAGCACAAGGUGUUGGAUGGGUGAACGAGUUCAUGGCCCGAUUGACCAAGACUGCAUGGAACGAAUCAACGAUCACAUCAGAGAAUCGCACGUUCAACAAUGAUCCACAGACGUUCCCGGUUGAUAGACGAUUCUAUGCUGACUUUUCACAUGAUUCGUUGCUAACGAAUGUUCUUGCUGCACUAAAUUUGGAAGAGUUUAAUCAACCGCUCGAUCUACAUCGACCCGAUCCUAGACGCAAAUUCAGAACAUCAACAAUUGCACCUUAUGCAGGUCGAUUUGUGUUCGAGGAGAUUUCUUGUGAGAAGCCUAGCUCGGAUAUCCAUGCCAGAUGGUUCGGAAGUGGACGCCAGAGUGGAUCGAAAUCUGUACAAGCAAUGCAAACGGAUGAUGGACGAGAGCAUUAUAUUCGUUUAUUGAUCAAUGAAGCAAUUGUGGAUUUGCAUCAACUUAAAGGAUGUGAUUCACGUGCUGAUGGAAUGUGUCAACGUGAUCAAUUUAUCAAAGCAUUGGCUGGUCGUAAUGAAUGGGCACAUUGGGAUAAGUGUUUCGAUUGA